AUGAUUUAUAUUAAUCGAAAUAAAAAUCAUUUUACUAAUAAUAUUAAAAAUAAAAUAGAACAAGACGAACUUUCAAAAUAUCAACAAAGAUAUGAGUUAUCAUCAAGCAUUAGUAGUAAUAAAGAAAUUAAUAUUCUUGAUGUUGUAGAUUUAAUUAAGAAGGAUGCCACUACAACUGCAGUAACAAGACCAACCCAUAUAGUUGAUGAAAAAAAAGAAGAGGCACAUUUAUCGGCAUCAUUACAAUCAGAUUUAUCAACUUCAGAGAGUUCAAACAGUGAACAAAACAGAAAUAGUUUCCAAAGACCACUAAUGGUAGAUAUUGGUUUGGAGUGUAAAUAUAGAUUACAGCUUGAGCAAAAUCCAAAAGAUUUCAAAGCACUUAUUAAAUGGGGUAGUUUAAUAUAUAAAAAUAUAAAGCAACAAUUGGGUGGUAAACAUGUCGAUGUCUGUUUAUUAGAUUGGAAUGAAGAGCUCUUACCAAUUCCUCAAAAUAGUCAAUCAAAUUCUACCAAUACUUCAACAUCACCUUUCUCAGAUUCAUUACAAUCAUAUCUUUUAAAAGAACCUUUAUUCGAUGUUUGUGGAAAAUAUCAACAUUCUUUGCAAUUAUCUGGUGGUUCAAAUUUAUUAAAUAUACCAUUUUCAACUUUAUUAAAUUUUAACUUGGAAGAACAAUAUAAUUUAAUUUUAAAUAACCAAAACUGUAAUAAUAAUAAUAAUAAUAAUAAUAAUAAUUUAUCAACAUCCCCAUCAUCACAACAAAUUUUAAGAUCACUAUCACAAUUACCAGCACCACCCACACCACCAUCAGAAGAUCCAAAUUCACCAUGGAGUGACCCAAUUUUAUGGAUGAAAUGGGGUGAUUGUUUGUUUUUACUCUGUACUUAUUUAGAAUUACCAAUGUAUAAGGCAACUUGUGAAAAAUAUUUUAAAUCAAUUCAAUUAAUCUUUAAACAACAAUUGAAUAAUAAUUUUAAAAAUUCAUAUCAAUUACCAAUUGCAUUAAGAAAAUGGGGCAUAGCUUUAAGUAGAUAUUCCAGAAGAAUGAAAAGUCAAUUUUUAAUGUCGGAAUGGACAAGUGAAGAGAAUAUUCAAGUUGAGGAACUUUGGAAGGUUUUACAUGCUCAAUCUAUACAAUCUCUUUUAAUGAGUAAUAAAUUAUCACCAUCAUUAAUUACUCAAUAUCACCUUGCAGCAUCAUACCACAGACAUUCAAUAACAUUAAAUCAAUUUGGUGGUAAAAAAGAAACAAUCUAUGGUUUAAUUACUACUUCUUGUAAAAUUUAUUAUGAAACCUUAAUGGAAUCACUUCAAGAUGAUUUACCAAUUAAAAUGCAACAAGAUCAAUUACAAUUACAACAACAACAGUUUUUAAUCAAUACGGAAUUAACCCCUCAACAAAAAUCACAACAGCAAUACUUUUUCCAAAAUGAAAUUUUUAAUGACUACUUUAAAUCCAAAGUUUUAGAGAACUGGGGCAGAGCUUUAGAUGUUCAAUUAACUAUUAAAUUGGAUGAAGAGGAGACCAUUGAAAAAGAAGAGGAGGACCUAAAUGCAGUUGAUGAAUAUUUAACCACAUUAUCAAGAUCUAUUUAUAGGGGAAUUAAUCCAUCACUUGAGGGGGCUGUAUCAUUAUGUUUAAACUCGACUCAAGCAAUUCAAUACAAAGCUAUCAAUAGUAUUUCUGUAUUAUGUAGAUCAAAAGAAAUUACUUUCUUCCCAAUUUACAAUGAAUUAAAGGACCAAUUAAUUAAAGUAGAAUCAUUUGUCAGUAAAAGAGAUGAUGCAGAAUCACUUUUAUCACAACAAAAAACUUUAAAGAGUAUGCCACCAAAACUUCAGGUUUAUGUUAGAAUGAGUGGUCUCAGUGAAGAAGAAAUUAUGAAAAAUUUUGAAAUUGCUUGGAACUCAAUUUUCUUCCUUACAAAAGAUACAAUCCCAAACCAACCAAUUCCACCCAAUUAUUAUAGAUCCAAUAAAAAAAAUAAACAUAAGCAAAAGUUAAAUCAGCAGUUACAGUUAUUAAGUGGUGGCGAUGAUUAUGAUGAAGAUAAUAAUAAUAAUAAUAAUAAUAAACAACCAUUACUACCAUCAGCUCAUCGUACAUCAAAAUUAGAUAGAGGAUCAUUUAUAAUUACACCAUAUAAUACAAACUCACAACCAAAGUAUAAUACUUUAAAAUUUAGUAGCGGUGGAAAUAAUUUCUUUAAACCUUCAAAUUUAAACAUCAGUAUGAAUAAUAAUCAAAUUUCACCAACUAAAAACUCAUCAUGGAAAGUAACUUUACCUAGUAAAGCUCCAACAAGAAGAGCAACUAUAUCAUUAGUAAGUUUAAAUUUAGAAGAUGAAGAAUCAUUUAAUAGUCAAAUUAAUGAUAAUGGUAAUAAUAAUAAUAGAAAUAAAAAUAAUAAUAAUAAUAAUAAUAAUAAUAAUAAUAGUAAUAAUAAUGAUCAAAAUAAUAUUCAAUUAAAACCAGUUUCAAAAUAUAUACCAAGUAGUAUAGUAAAAACUACAGUUAAUCCGCCACCUUUAUCAAGAUGUGAUGAAUCAAUAUUUUCGAGUGGUUCACCAUUAGCAUUGUUUAAAGAUAAAAUUAAAUUAGGUACAGGUGCAUUUGGUAAUGUAUUUUAUGCAGUUAGAAAAUCAGAUGGUAAACCAGUAGCAAUUAAAGUUUUAAUGGAAAGAACUAAAAAAGGAAGUCCAAUAAUCCCAGAACUUUAUAUUCACAGUGCUUGUAAUCACCCAAAUAUUGUAUCAUAUAUUGAAAGUUAUUUAUGUAAAGGUCAUCUCUGGAUUAUUAUGGAGUAUUGCGAUGGUGGCACAGUAAGAGAUCUUUUACAACAAGAUUGGAAAAACCAUCAAUCUAACCAAAGUUCAAAUAAUUGUGUACCAUUAGAAGAAACACUUAUCGCUUAUAUCACUGAAGAGCUUUUAGAGGGUUUGGUAUAUCUCCGUUCAAAAGGUAUUAUUCAUCGAGAUAUCAAAUCUCGUAAUAUUCUUUUAACUCGUAAAGGUAAAGUUAAAAUUGCCGAUUUUGGUUUAGCUACUACUUGCAGUUUAGGUCGUGGAAGAACAAGAAUGUGUGGUACCAUGGGUAGAAUUGCUCCAGAGGUUAUCAGAAGGGAACCAUAUGACACUCAAGCUGAUAUCUAUAGUUUGGGUUGUUUGUUAAUUGAAAUGGCUGAAGGAACUGUGCCAUAUGGUAAGGAUUCAUCAUUAAAAGCUUUAUUCUAUACUGCUAUUCAUGAUUACAAAUUACCAAACCCAAAGAAAUAUACAAAAGAGUUUGUUGAUUUCCUUAAUCUUUGCUUAAACUCUGAUCCAUUCCAAAGACCAACACCCGAAAUGCUCUUAAAUCACUCUUUCCUUUCUGGUGCUGAUAGAGGUAAAUCAAUUUUAUUAAAUCGUUUCAAGAACCAAGAUAACAGAAAAAAUUUAUUAUUAGAUAAUUUUGUUGCCUUUUAAAAAUUUUAAAAUCUUAAUAAAAAAUAAUUUAAAUUAUACAACACAU